AUGGAAACUUCCCGUACCCCUGGUUUCCCGUUCGGGGGGUGUCUACCCCCGGGAAUUCCCCCAGUCCUUGGAGAACCCCCUCCACAAAUGAACCGCGCCGCGGUGGGAGGCGGCUGUAGUCGAUCAAGCGUCAUUCACCAUGAGGCUCUUCUGCAUGAUCAUCUCUCUGAUAGGUCAUCUACUGCUCGCGUCUGCGAGCAAGUGUUGAAAGUUUGUACAAAUAGGAGCUUCGUUGCAAGGAUCCUUGAAACAGAAGCGACGGAGGUCAGGACUAGCGGAAGUCGAUCUCAUCUCAACAGGAACAAACUUCAGUCAUAUUCUAAUGUGAACGGAAGAGUUGGGCUGGCUGUUGCUGGUGAAAGCAGCGCUGGCAGUAGUUCAUCAGCUUAUGCUUCUUCAUCUGCGUCGUCCUACGGUGGAGGAGUUGGCUUAGUCCAUGCCUUCGCAGGAUCUGGAAGUUCCGGAUCUGGUGGUGGAGGAACUCCAGGAGGCUAUGGCUCAGGCGGAUUUGGUGGCAGUGGAGGAGCUCCAGGAGGCUAUGGUGGAUUUGGUGGUCCUGGAGGAUAUGGAGGAGGGUACGGUCCUGGAUAUGGUGGAUACGGUGGAUAUGGUGGAGGAGGAGGGUAUGGGCCUGGAUAUGGUGGAGGCGGCUUUGGAGGUAGUCCCUUUGGCUUCCCAAGUCCCCCAGGUUUCCAAGACCUCAAUUCCUUCCAAAAAUUCCUUCAAGACUACCUCAAUCAAAUGCAAGAGUGGACCAAGCAGCAAGCACAAGCAGCAUCAGCUAAUGCCAUCCCAGGUUGUCCAACCAGUGGCAUAGGAGAUAGAGUUGGUGGAUUCCCCACGCCAGGUGGUGGAGUUGGAGCAGGAAGUGGCGAUGGAUCAGUUGGUGCCGUCGCAACUGGAUCUAUAGGACCCGGAGGAGGUUAUGGAUCAACUAAAGUUUUCCCAUCUAGUGGAGGAUCUGGUCUCGGUGAUAGGUUUGGUGGUUCUGUUAGCGAGUCUUCAGGACCUUUCCCAGCUCCUGGCGGUGGCUCUGUAGGAAUUUCAUCUUUCUCAAGCUCCUCUUCAUCAGACGUUGAUGGUCAGAAAACUGCCCAGAAGUCUGCAACAGUUUCUGUAAAUGAUAAUGGAAAAGUAACAACUUAUACUUCUCAUGAUCCUUAAAAACAAACUUUCUGAAUAUUCUCUCUACAAUUUACAUAAUCUCUAUUGUGUAUCUGAAAUAUGAUUUUAGAUUUCAAUAUGUAUGAUUUUCAGCUGUAGCGAUAGCUUCUCAUUUUAAACUGUUUGUUUUAUUUAUAUAUUCAGAGAAACGAUGCAACAUUUUAAAAUAAUCUCAAGUCCAAAAAAAGAACUGCGUUUUUUUUAUUGUUAUGUUAACUUAAUCAAAAUCCAUCUUAUUGUAUAAUAGUUAAAACUGGAAGAUAUCUCUUAAUUUUGAAUCUGUGAUAAAUUUGUUGUUAAGUAGCUGAGUUCUUUAGAAUAAGAAAAAUAAUUUAAUUUAUAGAUUGGUACCAUGUUGCAUUUAAUGAAAAUUGGAAAUGCGUACUUAACUAAUUAUCUAAACUUUGUUUGUACAUAAGAGCAAGUUAAUUCACUUUAUUAAAAAUAAAAUUAAUUAUUCUUAAACAAUGUGUUUUCUUGAGUGAGGUGUUUUUCCAGAUAAAAACAAUAAGCUUAAGCUAUUUUAUAUAUUUUUUUUGUUGAACUGCAAAAAAAAUUUAAUGUUCUCAGUUUGAAAAUUAUUUUUCUUAAAAUAAUAAUUGAACAUUUAUUUUCAUAACUGAUUAUUUUGAGCAGUUUACAAUACAAUAGGUGAAAACGAAGAUGAAAAAACUAAAGUGAUGAACCAACUUGAAUAACCUCCAUACCUAGUAACCUAAAAACUUUGGUAGCCAGAGAGAAAAAUAUGAAUAUAACAAUUAGCAUUUUUAAAUUGUCUCUAGUGUUAAUGACAGAGCUCUGUGGUACCACCAAUGCCAGAAAAAAUUAUGCCAGAUAUUCUCCUGUGACAAACGCCUUUAAAAGAGCUUUGGCAGCUCUGAUGCCAGAACUCUAUCAUAAAAACUCCAGUGUGUAUGAUGAAGACUUAUAAAUUGAUAUGUUAGUUCAAAUUCAUUAAAUAUAAUAUUUAUAAUUUGCUAUUAUUUUUACACAGACAAGUAAUUCUAUUCAUCAAUUUUUAGAAACUAUUAUGAAAAAGAAAAUAUGAAAGGAACAUAAAUAUAAGUCAAAUCAUCCCAACUAGUACACAAUUGGUUUACAAUAAGAUCAGUGUUAGACUAUAAUGUUAUAAAUUAUUAAUCGUGGUGAAGUUGCUUUAUUUUAAUAUUAUUUUUAGAAUUUUCAGUUUUAUUAAUGUUCAGUGGAAUUAUAAGCUCUUGAAUAAUAAUUUUAUUGAAACAAAUGUUAAAUAUUUAAUUUUAAUGGCUAUUCAUUAAAUGUAUGUUUUAGUGAUGUAUUUCAAAUUGUUACUGUAAAAAAUAAAAUGGGAGUAUAGAGGGUGGGCACUGACUUCCAGAGCUCAAGGUCGCAGGUUCGAAUCCAGUUGAUGACUAGUAAUUUUUUGAUCAAUCGUGGAUCGAUCCUGGGGCCGGCAGACUCCUCUCCUUGGGCAAACCCAGCCUCUAUAAAGUGGGUACUCUUAAUUAAAUAAUUAAUUAAGAAGAAAAUUCUGGCGGUUGAGUGUGAUAUUGGCCCGUCACCUCACUGCACAACCAUUGGCCUUGUAACAGUACUUCCUCAAAUUGUACUGAACCCAAGACCCUUCAUGGGUUGUUAGUGAGUGGUCCGGGUUUUAAAAAAUAAAAUAGUCAAUUAUUUAUAAAUAUUCAAAAAAUUAUCUCUAACUUAAAAAGAGUGUGAAUGUGAUCUGUGAACACUAUUAUAAAUGUCCUUGAGACAGAUUGUAAUAUUUUUCAAUUAACAAGCUUAAAAAAAAAAAAAAACUUAAUAAAAGUGAACUAAGAUCAACUCACCUGUCCUUCGGCAAACCAAAUUUUGACUCUGACAUGGUACACAAAUUUUCUCUUCACAAUUGGGUUAAAUUAGGUUAUAACCAUGAUUUGGGCCGAUACUCGUGUGGAAUCUGUUUAUUACAAAAAUGAG